UCAUAUAUAUCUUCAUUCUUUUCCUUCUUAUAUAUCAACGUAACGUAUCCUCUUCGGUACUAAAAACACACUUCAUCAUCUUUUUGAAACAUGGUUUGUUUAAUAUCUCGAACGGGAAGGGAGUUGCAGAGAUACAACAAUAUGGGUGGCAGACAAGUUGUAGGAUGCAUACCUUAUAGAUAUAAACAAGACAUAAAUGGUAACAGAAGCAACGAAUUGGAAGUACUAAUGGUUAGUUCACAGAAAACUCAAAGACUAAUGUUUCCUAAGGGAGGAUGGGAACUUGAUGAAUCUCUACAAGAAGCAGCUUCUAGGGAAUCUCUUGAAGAAGCAGGUGUUAUAGGAUUAGUUGAGUGUGAAUUGGGACAGUGGAAUUUCAUUAGCAAAAGAUAUGGAAUAUACUAUGAAGGGUACAUGUUCCCUUUGUUUGUGAAAGAGCAACUUGAUUAUUGGCCUGAGAAAAAUCUUAGGAGAAGAGUAUGGAUGACUGUUGGUCAAGCUAGAGAAGUUUGUCAACAUUGGUGGAUGAAGGAAGCAUUGGAUAUAUUGCUCCAAAGACUCAUUUCUUCAAAGCAACAACAAUAAAAGAUGUAGCAUUGAUGAUUGUUUAUUUUUUGAAAAAUAAUAUGAAAUUUACAAUUUCAAUCUGAAAUCAAGAAUCAGUCAA